AUGGCUGUCAGUCCGAAUGGCGUCCAGCUGUCCAUCUGGAUGGCUGUGUUUACCUUCAUAACGAGUGUGGUGAUUGCAUUGCGUAUCUGGGCGAUUCAUCUCACUCGCAAGAGUCUCCAGCUGCAUGAUUACUUUGUCAUCGUCGCUCAUACGAGCUCGUGUGCCAUGGUAGGGCUAAACUACUGGGCGGUUUGCAAUGGGUUAGGCGGGCAUACCGCUACCCUCUCGAAGAAGGAACUCGACGUCCAGUUUAAGAUGAUCGUCGGAGUGAGUAUGACAUGGCUGGUUGGAACAGUUUGUUGCAAGCUCUCCAUCCUAUCGUUGUAUACCAGUCUCUUCUGCACUUUUCGGUCGGUUCGAAAUCUUGUCUGGGUGGUGGGCAGCCUCGUCGUUGGCUACUUCGUUACCUUCCUACCGCUCUUUCUCACGCAGUGCCAUCCUGUGUCGUAUCAAUGGCAUCCUGUCCCAGGUGGUGGUUGCCGGUCGCUGAGUAUUCAAGAGAUUGCGUCAAUCACGCUCAAUAUCUUCCUUGACUCUACAAUUGCCCUACUCCCAAUUCCUGCCAUAUGGAAAUUGCGAAUGUCACUCCGCAAUAAGCUCACCAUUGCUGUGAUGUUCGGAAUGGGCUUGAUCGUCGUUGCAGUCAUGAUAUGGCGCCUUGUCAUCACCCUCAAUCCCGAAACUGCCGCAGACUUUGUCUAUGGACUCUACAAGAUCGGCCUGGUUAGUUUCCUCGAGCUAUGGCUAAGCACCAUCAUCGUCAGUUUGCCCGUUCUGGCACCUUUAUUUCGUCACUAUGUCGAGCCCCUUCUGUCUCGCAAGCAACCUAGCGCGGGCCAACUUCAGGAGGCCCAACAUACCAUCGGCAGUGAUCCACCGAAGAAGCGGUUUGGACCGAACUACUCAUACUCUGACAUUGAGAUGGGGCGAGGUAACUACUCGGCACAAGUGAAGACGGGCAUGAGCUCGUCGCAGACUAAUGGAGACGAUACGGUUGGUCUGGUGAAUGAUAUGCAACCUAAUGCGAUCGCGAUGAGGAGGGAGGUUGUGGUUCAGGAGGGACGAGAACGCGACGUUUCUUCGGAGACUCCGAGGUCUGGUAUGUAA